AUGAUGCCUUCUGGGGCCAGAAUAAGUGAGCGUGAAAGCGAUUUUCGAACGGAUGAUAUUAGCAUCUCACGUAAAAAUGAAGGAUUGACGAAACAUAAAAUAUUUUUCAGAGAUUGAGCGAAAACGGCCAACGUCGGAUUUGAUUUCUAGGUCGUCCAAGAAACCACGUUACGCGCUUGGUUUCAUUUCUUACGAUAUUUCAGCACGGUGAUAUGUUUGAUUCAGAAUUUCUUAUGCAUCCUAUCUCUUCUUUAACACGAUUUUUCGGAGGCUCCGGAAAUGAUGAAAACGAAGAACAAGAAAUACAUGAGGGUCAGAGAUUUAACUGUUGCAUCUUCAUCAAAUUAAAAACUGAAUAUUUGUUGGCGCGUUGAAAGAGAUUUUGCGGAGUUUGUCGAAAUAAAUAGUGGACACUUCAAAUUCAUUCGGAUGGUUUUUGUUUUCCAGAAUUGCUUUGAACACGCCGAUAUGAUUUUUGCAACCGCAUAACAAACUCAAAUGAUAUAGUCAUUUUCCGACUUGAAAGACGAGGAGGCGGAGAAUUUCGCGGGACGCGUAGCGUGUGCGUACGCGGUUUUUGGCACGAGUUAAAUUUAACCGCCACCGACUAUUUUAAAAGCUGGGUCACCGAUCUUAUCGUAACUAUUCUACUAUUUUUAUUGCAAAGAUGAAAAAAAAAUAAUGGUGAAAAGCGAUAAACGAGCUCUCCAAAUAGUCGCUGGCGGUUGAACUGAACUCGUGCCAAGAACCCCCUUCUGCGCCUCUCUCGCUUUUCAAUUCGGGGAAAUUUGACUAUAUAUUCAGGGAAACUUUGAGACAGUAAACUUUUUUUUAGAGAGCCAUGAAAGCUCUAGAGUUCGUAAUCGAUCAGAAGGCGAGGAUGAAAUCGAAGUGGUACGCUUUAAAUCGAAAUAAAAACUUCUAUGACUCUAAUUCAGAUCGCGACGAUCAGCGGAGGACGUCCCGUUUCGCCUGAGCUUUUUCGCGAAUCGAUACAAAACAAAACUCUAGAAUUACAAGAAGAUGAAGAAGAUAAUCUAGAAGUUGUCAAUGUGAAGUCCGAUGCGGCAUCUUCUAGCACUUCCUGUGCAGAAUCUGACCGCAAAGUCGAAAAGGAAAAGGAAAACUUAGAAGACGUCAAGGUCAUCUUUCAAUCGGCAGGAUUUGCCCCAAGCGUUCGUCAGUCACCUAAGAAUCUUCCAGAAGAAGACGUUAUUAAUUUGUUUCAAUCUUUACUCAAACGUUUUCUCAGGAUCUGCAAGUUAUCAGUGAAGUGAUAAACCAUAGCGGCGAAGUUUCGGCCAAGGAAAGGCUGUCGAUAGAAAGCGUUAGAGACGAGGUUAGUUUGAUUUUUGUUUAAAGACUUUGUUAUAUUCAGAUCGUACGUACAUGCGAAGUUGAAGAGGAUUCUGACGUCGAAACGAUCGCCUCGAAUAAUCAAGGUUGGUGGCAUUUAUAUGUUCGCAAGCCAUUUUUGGAUGCAGAGGAUGGCUGUCUGGUCUUCUCCAAUCUGACGUCUCCGACGCCUGACGACAGCGCCAGUCGCUCCGCCACUCCCCACACAUUUCUCCCCAGUGAGUUUUUUCGCCAACCAAAUGCCAGUAUGCCGCAACUCCAUGAAAAAAUCUGCUCCUCUGCAACUUUUUUCAUUAGUCAGAAGUUUUUCACACGUUUCCGUCACGCGUGUUUUCUACUGACCUUGGUAAAAGCUCGUAAAUUGAAGGCUUUUCGAUAUCGAUACGCUCUCAAAGUUGAUACUUCAUCUAUUACGCAAUAAAAUGAAAAAAAACAAAUAAGCGAUAGAUUUUUCCCAUCAAACAGAAGGAAAAAGUUUAGAGAAUACGGAAGCUCGUUCUCGAGACCACUGGAUCCGCUCUCGGCAGACCCAAUCGGACAACCGUAAGCAAGAUUUCUGAGUUCUCAUUUACAUUCCCUAAUUUUUCAGGAUGGAAUUCCGACUCAAAGUCUCUCAUUCGCCGUCAACCUAUCCCCAUGAAAAAAUACACGAAAAAAAUCAACCAUAACGUAAGUUGGUUUUUUUUAAUCUCGAAUAAUAUGCUUUAUUAUCUUUUUUCAGAAUGUAGACAUGCACGCUCAAAAGCGAUAUCUAUCGCUUCUGGAAAAAAUGGGCGUUUAUAAGCAAGAUUCGAAAUCUUUGAGGUUUCUGCACCGUCUGCUUCUAUAAUUUGUGAACUUUUCCAGGUUUCCCAUCGGAAAAACAGCGAGAGGGAAAAAUUUACAGGCGAAAAUUGAAAAUCUACGACGAGUUGGUUUUUUUUCGAUCAUUCAACCAAAUUGUCUCCAUUUUUUCUGGGAUCUGGGGGCUUCAAUUUUUCAAUUUUUUUUUGAGAUCACUGCCGGGUUUUCAGGGAAAAAAACUUAUUCUCCUAAAUUUAAAAAAGUUUUUUUUAAAUUUUAGUUAUCAUCUUGAGAAAAACUUUAAGCUCUGAGUGAAUUUAGCUGAAAAUAUAAUGACUUUUUGUGUUCCAAGAAUUUCUUUUUAUCGAUAGAUGUUAUGCCAUGUUCAAAGGGAUACCGCGUAAUUCAAAAUAACCGUCAGAGAGUGUAAAAGGUAAUUAAAUUUUGGAGAGUCAGAGAUAGUUUCAAUUUUCGCGCAAAUCUCUUUGAACACGGCAUAGAUUUCGAAACGGUUCUAUGCAACUUGAAGCCUGACAGAAAAACUCAUUAAUUAUUACACUUGAAAAAAGAAAGUUCUUAUUGUACUUGUUGAACGGUUUUUCCUUUUGUUAGUUUAAAACGUACUAACUUGUAACUAAAAAAAAUUGAAAGCAAAUAAGAAGUACAGAAAGAAUCUCACGAAAAAAAGUUUUUGACGAGGUUUUUUUCUUAUAUUAACAAUUCGCCGAUUCCCUUGUUUUCGAAUUCAUAAAAAGGUUAAUUGAAUGCAUUUCGAAUGCAUUUAUGUACUGAAAACUUGGCAAAAAAGUGAUUCAGAAUAGUGAUUUAUAAUUUUCAUCCGUCCGCAAAAUUUUUCAGAGGCAAAGAAUACCGAAGUCCUUCGGAAUUACAAUAUCAAAGUUUAGUUUUUAGAUUCGAUCUGGAAAAGAGGAGAGCAAUUCUACUCUCAGGUAUGGCUAGUAUAAUUGAAUUUUCGUGUCAAUUCUUUGUAAAUAGGAAUGUGAAAGAGUCUACUCCGGAAACCUCGUCCAUGGUGUCGAUGGGAGCCAACAGCUUCGCAACGUUUUCGUAAGACUUGAACUGAAGUGGGGAUUCCUUCGUGGUUCAGAAGAGCCACUCCUUCUCCUUUUUCGGAGGCGCGUUCUCUGAGUGAAGAGAGAGUCACAGACAUAGUGGGCCGAAUGGAAUCUGUGCGAAUCCAGAACUCCGGAGUAGAAAACUUCAACAAGUAAGCGAAAUGGUCGCUUGAGAUUUGAACACAAGGUUUUAGGCUUUCAAAAAGACUUGACACAUCCCGUUUCCAUGUAAUUUCCCUGACCGAAGAGCUCCGGGUGAGGAGCAACGCUCGGCUCAACAAUGUCGACGACAUCGAGAAGAAAGUUAGGGAAAAGCUGAGCAUCGAGGGCAUCAAAUACAUCGUGAAGAAAGAGAAAAGCGAGUUCCCUCGUUAGUUAUUCCCACCUAUCCGGAGAUAAAGAGGGAUUUCCAGCCUUACCUGAAGAAGCUGAGAACCUUUGCCAUACUGUGUGGCGAGGACGUGGCGACGGAGAAGUUUUCAGCGAAGGUUUUGGGGUGAAGCUCACUCGCAAGGACCUUUGCACCCUCGACGGAAUGAAUUGGCUCAACGACGAAGUCAUCAACUUCUACAUGGAGUUGGUGUGUGAGCGCAGCAGGAACUCGUCGGACUUGCCCAAGGUUAAUUCAAUGUGUUUGAUUCAUUCGAGUUUCUGAUAUAAAUGCGUAGUUUUUUGGUUAACUUUUUUUUUCGAAGAUUUUGCAGGACAAUUUGAGUAAAGUAUAAGAAUGAAACAGGUAUCCAAUUCAAAAAGUUUUCAAGCUUCUAGCAGUGAAUUUACUGAACGGUUCUAGCAUCUCCCUAGUGUCAAAAAGAAUAAAUACCAACAAAAAAAACAUUUGCAGACUUAUGCCUUCAAUACGUUUUUUUACUCAAACAUCGCGACGAAAGGAUAUACUAGUGUGAAGCGUUGGACAAGAAAAGUUCGACCUCACUAUUGAAAUCAAUAAUCUUUGCGAUUCCAGGUGGAUAUUUUUGCCUAUGACGUUCUUCUGAUUCCUGUUCAUCUGGGAGUCCAUUGGUGCAUGUCGGUUAUAGAAAGGAUUCUCGUUUAUUCUUCGAAUAAUUGAGACUUCAGGUUAUCGAUAUGGGUAAAAAAGAAAUCACUUACUACGACUCUCUUCUGAAUGACAACUACCAAUCUCUCGAGCUAUUAAGGUAGACUUCAACUGAACCAAAAAAGUUCUUUUUUGCUUUCACUUGCAGGCAAUAUUUGAGCAGCGAAUCGGCAGACAAAAAGAAGGUUUCUUUCGAUUUCACGGGAUGGAAAUUCGAAAUGAAAAAGGUUCACUUGGAAAUUUCUUUGAGACUUCUCGCAUCUUCAAGUUAUCUCUAUUCAUUCGAAUGAACUUCCAAAUAAUUAUCUUUUCCGCCUUGCAGGAUAUCCCCCGGCAAAUGAACGGCAGCGACUGCGGCGUCUUCUCUUGUCAUUUCGGCGAAUUCGCGUCACGUCGGCGGAAGCCAGUCUUCAAUCAGUCGCACAUGUCGUAUUUCAGGAGACGGAUGGUCUUCGAAUUGGUUAAUAAGACUUUGAUGGUUUCCUAG